CAUACAAGACCCAAGUGUGGUUAUCCCCUUAAACUCAUCUGGUCAACAUGGUUAACCCAAAAAAUUCAUCUUACGGGUAUCUGAGGAUUCUUCGGCUAAUUCUCAGGAACAUUUUAGUAGGUGACUUCAAUGUUGAAGUAGGGAAGCUUUGCAUGUUAAAAACGUAUAUGAAUGACACGUACAGAGUCCCAUGACGGCCAAAUGAAAACGGUAAUCGUCUUUUUACACUCAGAUAUCCAUCUGUUCUUUGUCAGCACUAUCUUCAAACACGAGGAGAGACAAUGCCUGAUCUAGCGAUUUCCAUCAUCAAACCAGUGGUGGACGAAAAUAAACUAGACAGCUAUAAGUUGUCAGUGAAAAAGGUUCGUGGAAGAGUACCAUUGUUUCCGGAACACGUGCAUAGAUUUCGCUCAUGUACUGGUCCGUGCACGUGUACACCUGCGGCUGAACUGAGGUUCCAGAUGCUGUCUCUAAUCUUAAACGAGGCAAGGUAUUGGGACAUGUUGGAAUGGCUCAGGUUUUGUUUAGGGAUAGUAGUAGAUUUAUUGUCUGACUUAACUGAAGUAUUAGGUGACUUGUUGGGAGCCCGAGAUAUUCCCAUCAAACUGGUAUAAGUCAUUGGUUGUCACAGUUGAUAAGAUAGGAGACAAGUCUUCCUGUGAUAAU